UCACCGAAUUAAAAGCCUUCCUCAGUCCAUCACGGUGCUAGAUCGGCCGCCUGCUUUCCACUCAGUAAAAACAUAACGACAUGGCUUGUUCCUCGGGCUGGAAGGAGAAAUGCGAGCUGCUCUGGAAGCUGAAGCAACGCGGCGUCCCGGCGCCGGACUCCGUCAAUUGGAAGACCGUUUUCGAAAAGAAACCGAUUGAACGGAACCUGAUUAAAACUCCGGCUCCCGCAGGUCUAUCGCACACCAGCCCGCCCCCAAUCCACGAGUUGGACGGGAUGAUGGGCUCCCGACCCCCCCAGUUUGAACCAGAAGGUGACUUCACAGGCUGGUUGACCAGUAGAGAGGACCUGCCCCUGGACGACAGUGGAGUGCCCCCUGGAGCGAUGGUCUGCUACCGGCCCUAUUUCAGCUGGUUCACUCUGGAGCAGAGAAUCAACCUGAAGGGGGAGGGGCUGUGGGAGGAGCUACUGGAUGUCUAUCAGCCUGACAUCUGUAUCCAGGACUGGUACGAGGAUAGCAAGCUGCAUGAAGAGAUCUACCAGCUGCAGGUGAGGCUGCUGGCAGCAGAUGAGCAGACUGUCCUCCAAGAAUUCAAGCUGAACCCCAAAAACAACACCGCUGGGGACCCCAACUGCUGGCUGGAGGUCUCCCACGUGUUUCGUCAGUAUGGUCCAGGGGUGCGGCACCUUCACUUCCUGCACAGAGUGAAGACGAUGAGGAUGAUCGAUUUCAGAGCUACCCGCGUGACGGACAGCUCUGUGCUCGUCAAACUGCGAGACUGAGACCGAGCACUGCAGCAAACCGAAAUCCCUUCGAUAAAAGAUAUUACACAGGGAUGUACUGUAUGAAGCUGUGCACUAUUAAAACAUGCUUUCAAAUAUAAA